AUGGGGAAUUCUGUCACUUUGGACAUACAAGGUGAAGGAAAAGUGAUUCGUAAAAAGAUUAAGGUGCUAAGAAGUGAUAAAGAAGGUGAAUAUGAAUCACCUUUUGCCAAGUUAUGCGCUCAACAUGGUAUAAUCCAUGAGACGACGUCAACUUAUUCUUCUAAACAAAUGUGUCUAGCAAAGCCUUUAAAACCACAAUAUGGAGGUGGAAUUGCGGUGAACACAGAAUUAGAUAAUGGAAUAGAAGGUUGGGUAGCAUUUGAGGAUUCUAAAAUUGAGUAUCGAGUAUCCUCCGACGAUGGCAACAACAAAUUUAUUGCAGCUCAUCAAAGAACUCGAGCAUUUCACAGUCCAUCUCAAAAUUUCUUCUUGGAGAAAGAUAAAAUCUACACUUUUUCGGCUUGGUUACAAGUUAGCAGUGGAAAUGCAAGCAUAUAUGCCAUAUUUAAAUCACCAUCUGGGUACCAUAAAGCUGGUAUUACAGUGGCUCAAUCAGGCUGUUGGUCUAUGCUUAAAGGCGGUUUAUCUAUGAACGUUUCAGAGUCUGCUCAACUCUAUUUCGAGAGCGAUAAUACAAAUACUGAGAUAUGGGUAGAUAGCAUAUCAUUACAACCAUUUACUUUAGACGAAUGGAGAUCUCACAUUGAUCAAAGUGUUGAGAAGGAACGUAAGAACCAUGUAAAAUUGCGGUUGGUAGAUGUUAAUGGAAAACCCUUAGCAAAUACACACAUCAAAAUAAGCCUAAGGGUGCCCCAAUUCCAAUUUGGCUGCGCCUCAAACAGUUACAUCUUAUCAAAUAGUGCUUAUCGACAAUGGUUUGCCUCUAAACGAUUUACAGUGACCACCUUUGAGAACGAGAUGAAAUGGUACAGUACCGAGCCAAAGUUUGUCGGUUCGUGGGCACAAUGUCUUAUGGGACGACCCCAAGUACCAGGUUUCGUGGCUCAAUUCACUCUCAGGAAAACAUUUCUAUCAAGCCGUCGUUAA